AUGGUGUCCCCGGAAGGCAGACCUGUCCGUUGGGUGUCUGCUGCUCGGAGUUUGGGCGUGGCUAACUCUUUGCAAAGCUUCUGCGGCUCGGUCGAUGACUUUUGCAACGUCGACAAGGGGUGCCAGAGUGAUUUCGGAGGCUGCGGCCCAGUAAAGCGGCCUUCAUGCAGCAAGACUGGAAACAGCGUCCAAGGUCGGUCAAUCGGUUACUAUGAGUCCUGGGCCAACACUCGUCCCUGCGGCAAGGUGUCCCCCGAGGACUUGAACCUGGACGGACUGACACAUAUCAGCUUUGCUUUUGUCUUCUUCGGCCCGGUCAAGUUCAGUAUCGUCCCCAUGGAUAAGAACGCUGGAUCACUCCUGAGUCGGUUUACUGCGCUCAAGGAGAGGAAGCCCGGCCUUCAAACCUAG